AUGUAUUCAAAUAAUUGCUUGAUUGACCUUGGAACAUGUAAUGACCAUUUAUUGCCUGCUACCACUUUCUUUAGGGAUUUUUAUCAUUUUCACAGAAUUCUAGAAUAUUCAGAAAAAAUAUGGAGCAAACCUUUUUAUUUAGGUGCUUGGAGACUCUGUCUAGUUCCAUAUGUGGUUAAAUAUUCAUUCGAAAUAUUUAAACUUAAAUUCAAUUCUAAUUCAUCAACUAAAGUUGAUUUAAAGCUUGUAAAUGAUGCUCAAGAAGGUUUUGGAUGUUUUUAUAUUGGUCAAAGUGAUAAUAAUGAGCUAUAG